AUGAGCGACGAAGGUGAAUGUAAAUCGGAGCAGCUGGAGAAAUCCGAAGAAGCGGAGGAAAAAAAGGAAAAGGUAGAAGGGCAGGAAGCGACAUCACCAAUUCCCAACACCAUUUCAGUCCCAGAAGUUGAUGACAAGCCGACGGAAAAUAAAAACCAAUCGGAUAAUCACGCGGACAAAACGGACGAAACUUCAUCUCAGGACUUCGCCGCCUACGAGGAGCACAUGACCUAUGGAGCGGAUGGCGGGGCUAUAUACACCGAUCCCAGCACGAAGCAGAAAUACAAGUGGUGCGCCACCGGAAACAAUUGGCAACCCUUAAGCAUUGAUGAAACAGUUGCUGGACAGGCUGGUGAUCCCUACGAAAACGAGCACUACAAGUGGUGUCCCAAAACCCAACAGUGGUUGCCCAAAAAACAGGAAACUGAAACGGAGCACUACAAGUGGGAUGACGAGAAAAAGAAGUGGGUACCCAAGCAACCGAACCAGGAAGGGGUUUACGGUGUGGAUGAGCAUGGUGAGCGUACUUACACCGAUAAGGAUGGAGUCCAGUUCUUUUGGGAUGCAACCAAGAGUGCUUGGUUCCCCAAGAUCGAUGAUGAUUUUAUGGCCCGCUACCAAAUGAACUAUGGAUUCAUUGACAACACUUCAGCGGGGGAGAAAGAGAAGGCUGAAAAGGAGGCGGCUGAGGCCAAGAGAAAGGAGGAGGAACUCAAGCGUAUGACGGCAGAGGCGGAAGCUGCCAUGUCCAGAGACAAUCCAGCAUCCAGCGCUGCAGUGCCCACUGGCAAGCGAAAGGCCCAGGAGCCCCCAAAAUGGUUCGAAAUGGAUCCCUCGCAGAACACCAAGGUGUAUGUCUCCAAUUUGCCCCUGGACAUUACCAUGGAUGAGUUUGCCGAUCUGAUGGGCAAGUGUGGCAUGGUCAUGAGAGAUCCGCAGACGCAGAAGUUCAAGCUGAAACUGUAUGCCGAAAAGGAUGGACAAAUCAAGGGCGAUGGCUUGUGUGAUUACAUCAAGGUGGAGAGUGUCAAUCUGGCGCUGAAAAUUCUAGACGAGUACAAUCUGCGUGGCCACAAGAUCCGUGUCCAGAGGGCUCAGUUCCAAAUGCGUGGAGAAUACAAUCCCGCUCUGAAGCCCAAGCGCAAGAAGAAGGACAAAGAGAAAUUGCAAAAGAUGAAGGAAAAGUUAUUUGAUUGGCGUCCAGAUAAAAUGCGAGGCGAACGGUCAAAGAAUGAGAAAACCGUCAUCAUCAAAAACCUCUUCACCCCAGAACUCUUUGUGAAGGAAGUGGAGCUCAUAUUGGAGUACCAAAACAAUCUGCGGGAGGAGUGCAGCAAAUGCGGGAUGGUCCGUAAAGUGGUUAUCUAUGAUCGCCAUCCUGAGGGCGUUGCCCAGAUCAACAUGGCCUCACCGGAGGAAGCUGACCUCGUCAUUCAAAUGAUGCAGGGGCGUUUUUUUGGACAGCGGCAACUAAGUGCGGAGUCCUGGGAUGGCAAGACGAAAUACAAAAUUGACGAAUCAGCUGUCGAGGCGCACGAACGGCUUUCCAAAUGGGAUGAAUUCUUGGCAGAAGAAGAAACCGAUAAAAAAGCUUCCGAGGAAAAGAAGGAGGAGGACGUUGACUCGCCCGAAACCCAGCUUUUGCCAGGAGACGCCACACCUUAGUUUUCAUUUACCUGCGAUCGUUUUCACGCGGUUCAAGGAUCUCCAGGACCACCUCGUUGGCCUGCUCGUUCGGAUAGGUAGCGUUCCAGCGGUUGUAGAUCUUGUAGCGAUUGGGACCGCUCACCUUUGGCAUCUUGUGCUGGCAUAUGAAGCGAAGCUUAUCCGAGCAGGGCCGCGCCGACCAGCGGUACUUGAGGCUUGGAUCGUAGAUGGCACAGUUAUUAUCCAGCGGUUGGCUGUUGGAGAUAAGUUGCACAUAGCUAGAAUUGUUGCUUAAGCGUUAAAUCAAUCUACAGAAAUAAAGGAAGAAAGGAAAGAG